AUGGUUCCCGCCGCCGUCUUGCUGUCAUUUGCAAUUCUUGCCAUCAUUGUCGCACGCCAAGUGCGCCGAUACCACGCUCUCAAAGACUUUGGUGGCCAUUGGUCCGCCGGCUGGUCUAGGCUAUGGCUACUCAAGACCCAGAGCAGUGGUCGCAUGAACAAGAUCUUUACUGAUAUUAACAAAGAAUAUGGUUCGACGGCCCGCAUAGGACCCGGUAUGCUCAUCACCUCGGAUCCUGAUCUGAUGCGACGCAUGAACGCCGUCCGCUCGACAUUCACCAGAGGUCCGUGGUACGCCGCCCUGAAGCUCCACCCCGAGCGUGACAACAUCACUUCGUACGUGGACGAGCGCAAGCAUGCCGACAUCCGUGCCCGCAUGGCACCCGGCUACUCGGGCAAAGAGAAUUGCCAUCUGGAGCAAGAAGUGGACGAGAAGCUGUUACAGAUGCACGCACUCGUGCAAGAAAAGUACCUCAACCAACCGGAAGAAGGCAUCUUCAAGACGGUCGACUUGGGUCGCAUCACCUCCUUCUUCACCUUGGAUGUUAUCUCCAAGAUUGCCUUUGGCCAAGACUUUGGUUUUCUCGCCAAUGAUGAAGAUCCCUUUGGCUAUAUCGAAAACCUCGCGCAGUUCCUGCCCGCCAUCAUUGUCUUUGGUGUCUACACGGAGCUGACGAACAUUAUGAAAUUCCCGCUCAUCAAAUCCGCGCUGCCCAAGAACACGGACAAGCGUGGUUUGGGUCGCGUGAUGGGAUUUGCAACGGAUCGUGUGCGGGAGCGAUUCGGAAACAAGCCUGUCGUGCGACAAGACAUGCUGGGCGCCUUCAUCAACAAAGGUCUCACGCAAAGCGAAUUGGAGAGCGAAACGCUCACGCAAAUCACCGCCGGAUCCGACAGUACGGCGAGCUCUCUCCGCUUGACGCUGCACUUCAUUUCGACGAGCCCGCCGAUAUUGGAGCGUUUGCUGGCCGAAGCGAGAGCGGGAAUUGCAGCGGGCAAGAUUAGUCGGCCGGUGAUCAAGGAUGCCGAGGCGAGGACGUUGCCAUAUCUGCAGGCAUGCAUCAAGGAAGGCCUUCGCAUGUAUCCUCCAGUGACGGGUCUGCUGGCCAAACGAGUGCCCGAUGGGGGUGCUCAUAUCGAGGUGGAUGGCGUGGAGAAAUUUGCUCCCGGCGGCACGCAAAUUGGCUGGAAUAGCUGGGGCAUGAUGCGGCAUGAGAGCAUCUUUGGCGAGGAUGUGGAGAUUUAUCGUCCCGAACGAUGGCUGGCGAGAGACGGCAGCGACAAGGAAGGAGCUCGUAUCAGUCGCAUGACCGAUGUCGUGUCUUUGUGUUUUGGGUAUGGCCGAUUUGGAUGUCUGGGCAGGGGAGUGGCGACGAUGGAACUGAACAAGGCCAUCAUCGAGGUAAACAGGCGCGCCCCUGGUAUGUGA